GACCUAAAAAUGACAAGGACACCAUAGUUUUCAAAGUAACAAACGAAAUGUUUACCAAUCAAAUCAGUGUCAUAUUGGUUAUGCUUGAGCAGUGCAGGAAGUUUUUGUUAAGCAGUUAUAAUAAUUGUUGUGUCGUUAAGUGUGAAGAAUUUUGUUACAAAUCAUGUGUCCUUUAAAAAAUACAAUUAUUGUCGUAAUUUCCUGAACUGUACGUUUAAUAAUUAAUCGAGGAUCAACAUCUUAUCCAUCAAUCAAAAUCGUAAGUCAACAAUUCUCAACAUUUAAAAUGCUGUGCUUACGUCUGCCGAAAAUCAAAGUCGCGAAGUGUCCGUACCUUCCCAAAUUUGUAUGUUCAAUCAUGUCCGGAGAUUCGCCCAACGCUUUCACCAACGAAAACGUCUUCGACUUCAAGGAAGGCCGCUCUUCGCCCGCCCCAACCACCUCGAAGGAGCACAAUCAGGGCGGUGUGGUGACCGCAUCGGUGCUCGUCGAGCCGCAGAAAGAAAAAAGCAAAGACAAAGACAAGGAAGAGGAAGACGAGCCCGAUUUUUCAACUCCAACGCUCAAUCCCGGAGAUAAGGAGAACCGGCGCCAAUCGGACGCCGACAAAACGCUCGAUCUGAACGACCCGAAGUACGACGGCGAUAAGGGCAAGGAGGAGCAGAAUCUGCUCAAUGGGGGCCUGGACCGGCUGCCGAAGCCCUACGCCAGCUCCAAGGAGCUGGGCGAGGAGGAGAGUGAGGACGACACGUGCAUUGUGAAUUGUAUAUAUUACACGAUGGAAUGUUGUAAAUGUUCCAUAGUUUAAUGGAGUGUAGGUAAUCAUUUGUGAUAUUUUAUUCGAGAUUUCGUGCCUCAUCCUAUUAAGAAAAAUGUCGGAGUUGUUAGGUAUGUCUGGUGCAGUACCUAGAGGAAUAAAUUUUAUUGUACAAUGUGUAGUAGCACUGUGAGCGUUCCAUGAAACAAACAUAUCUCGAAAAAAUGAUUGUUAAAGUUAGAACAAAUUAUAAACGAGUGAUAACUUGUAAAUUUCAAGACUGACAAUCUUUUAUUCGUUAUUGUCUAAUUCCAAAAUUUCGGCUUAUAAUAAUUUGGAAUAUAUUGUAUCAGUAUUGUUUUUUAUUACUAGUAUAAAACACUCAUCAUUUAAGACCUUAACUCAUUAAAAUAAUCAAAUAACUCUCAUUAAGGUCCUAAAUUUGGUAGCGAAUAUUUAACCAGAAUUUAAUAAAUAUUUUUUAAACUUUAUGCCAUA